AGAGGGGAAGAUGAUAAUUUUAUAUUUAGAUAAACAUUAAGCAUUUAUUUAGACAUCCUGUCUUAUGUUGAGGCAUUUUCACGGGCAUCUUCACCCUCAGCAGCAGCACCAUUCUCUCACACUCUUCUAAUUGGUGUUCUUUAUUUAAUGGUGACCGCUUAUGUCACGAGUUUCUUCUUCCCUUGCUUCUCUCUUCACCAAUUGCUUUCUAACCUCUCUUCUAACACAUCAACAUUCAUCAUCCUCACACCUUAUAUUCCAAACAUUUAAUACUGUAUCUUACUCUUUCUCUCAUUUUCAUUUUCAUUCUCAUUCUCAUUCUCAUUCAUUCUCACACACCUCAACCCUCUUCUUCUCUUUUCCACUUUCAUCACUCAUCAACAUAAACUCUUAUGCUUUUUCAUCCACAUGGGCUUCUCCGAGAAGGCACAAAUAGAGGGAGGCUUUGAUUCAGAUACCCACAGAAAAUGGCUCAUCGCUGGAAUCGCUUUACGACCGCCAUUGAAGCCUAUUUACACUGUCCCUCUCGAGAAGGAAGAGAAGGAAGAGGAUCACACAGAGGAGUAUUCCACCACACCAACAGCCGUCGAAUCCAAGAUCCCUACACCCUUCACGUGCCCACCUCCUCCUAGGAAGCCAAAACCUUCCUUCAAGUGCAACUAUCGUGACGUUGUUCCAGACUUUUUCACGCCACCAGACUUGGAAACAGUGUUCAUACGUCACGUAAUUGAUCCCACACAGGAGAAAAUAUAUGAAGGAAAAAAUUUAAAAAAUGAAUCUUAGUCACCACUUUCUUCUUUAGAGAUAGCUGGCUACAGCUUCUGCAUCUGUUUUUCUGUAUCUUAGUGUUUCUCUCUCCCUCAAUAGUGUAAGUGUUUUCCGUUUUGUUUCUGUAGCUAGAGCUUCGGUAGUUCAGAAAGUGUUUUGUAUAGAGCAUCGCAUCUUAAUUAACUCUGCAUGAUAUUAAUCAUUUUACUUUAUAACCAAAUAAU